CAUAACAUGGGCAGACCGCGGUGACCGCGACUGACCGCGAUGCGAAACCAUAUUAUUGAUCUGCGAAUAGUGUAAAGUUACCCGAGUGCUGAGCAUAUCUGACCCGGAUCAGCGAAAGUAAAUCUAUUUGGUGCUAAUGGAAUCCUUUCUGGAAAAUGUUAUGAAGGGCCCUUGUAACACGCAGCCAGACUACUACGAGAUACUUGGUUGUGACGAACUCUCGUCGGAUGAACAACUCCUCUGCGAGUAUAAAGUAAAAGCUCUUAAAUUCCAUCCAGACAAGAACCCAGGUGACCCAAAAGCAGCUAGGCAAUUCCAGAGCAUUCAGGAAGCACGUGAUGUCCUGUUGAACCCUGAAAAGCGUAAAAAAUAUGACAAGUGGAAAAAGUCAGGCCUCGGCAUGUCGUUUCAGCAGUACGUCAACCUUAAUGUGACGUCUCUACACUGGGUCACCAAAAAGACAAAGGAGCCAAUGCUGAUGGACCACUCUCAUCAGGCACUGAUGCAAACACGUGUGGAUGAAUCACGUGAUGUUUUGUCAAAUUGGAGGCGCAAGGAACCUGCUGAUGAAUUACUGAGAAAAUUCAGAAACUACGAGAUCUGACUUCUUUUGAACAAAUGUUAUUGCUUUGAUGCAGUGAAGGCCGCAUUAUGUGCUGUGAAUGUAAAUAUGUCUCAUUAAAAAGUAAAUGUUGCAACUGAAUGA